GUUAGUCCUCCGUACUGGUCCACUAUCGCCUGUUACAAGCAUGACCGAAAGCUCAACAUCACCGGAUGAACCACCUCCAACGUCCAAUGCUGCGAAACGACGGCGGCAAAAGCCUCUCAGCCCAGAAUUGUGGGAAUCGCACAAGCAUGAGAUAUGCCGACUUUAUUUGGACGAAAACAAGCGGCUGAAAGAUGUGAUGGAGAUCAUGGCUCGGGAGAAGAAUUUUCAUGCAUCGUAUGUGUUCAUUUCUGAUUUGAGCCGCGCAGCAUGGGACCAGCCUUUUGCUGGGAGGUGCUAACUUUUUAUAGGCCGAAAAUGUACAAGACAAAAUUGACGCAGUGGAAGUUCUUCAAGAAUAACCGGCAAUCAGAUGUUGCCAACAUACUGUCACUUCAAAAGCGGCGAUCUGCCAUGGGCAAGGACACCAUUGUGCAGCGCAACGGCAAGCUGAUCGAUGUGCACGGAUAUAUGAAGAGAAAAGGCAUCACAGCUGAGGAUCUAGCCACGGGCGUCCCAGUGGUUACGGAGACACAAAGCGACCUUCCGCCAACCCUCGACUGUCGCACACCGCCGCCAUCACCACCCAUGGUGCUUAGUCGAGGAAUGACACCAACGGACGACCAAGUCGUACGGGAACUGUUUCACCAGUGGGCUGUUCCCAGGGUGCACAUGUAUCGGAAUGUGGAGCGAUGGUUCUUGAAUCUCAUCGAUGACCACAGGGACAGCUCGGCCAUGGAGUCCGUACGCUUGCUCAGAGAGUCGUGUUGGCUCUUUUCUCAGGGCAAGCACCAGCAAGCCGGCGAGCUAUGCCGCAGCGGUUUUGAGCUUGUUCAUCACGUUCUAGAGGAGUCAUCGGCACUGAGUUUCUUCGAGCUCAUCAUCAUGGUCCUGCGAUACCAGAACGCCGAUGUUGCGAAGGAGCUCUGGAAGUACCUGUCAAAGUAUGCUGCAACCUGCAGGGACACUAAUCACCCAUUUCGCCGGGCCCUUACUGCCCUUGCCGAUUAUUCUCAGAAAAAUACGUUCGAGGAAACCUCGCACGUCCUGCGGUGGACACUACAGUGGCCAGCGACCCGGUUUGGAGGCCGACUAGACAGCAGGCGGUUCGACUACAGCGUCUUGCACCCAUGGGAUCUGAUUCCCAUGAACUGCGACUAUCACCGGUACUACAUGUACCUGCAUCUCUGGGACAGCGACGAUAUCCCCAAGGCCACAAUUCCCGGCCUCGAGGAGUUCUCGGAUGCCGGCUACCUCCGAGCAGAUCUCCUGCUCGCAUACGGAACCAUGGAGGACUGGUAUCAUGAGAAGAUUCCGAGGCUGGCGCACACCAUGAUUGAUGAUGAUCGGGCGAGUGGCGCGAACUGCAUAUAUCUGCAGUGGGUCUGCCUGUACGCGAUUGCCAAAUAUCACAAAGCCAGUGCGUGGCGCCUGGAGGGUACCAUGCGGCGAGACGAGCUAAAGCUGGGCAUCUACUACCUGCAGAUGGCGGCGGACUUGCAGGCUCGUAACUGGCCACACGGGCGCAAUUACCAAGAGACACUGGCGAUCCUGGAGCAGUGGAGCAGGGACGCUGGCGACAAUGCAACUGCCGACUCCGCGGUUGCGAAACAAAGUGAGAUUCACAGCCAGGCUGUCGAGGAUGUCUCAUAACAUUGACCCUGACGUCGAGCUGCUUCGAGGUGGACUUAUAAAUGCGGGCCACCACGAAAACGCUCGAUGUACACGUUUCCUCUCCAUAACCCUUCCCUGGAGCGAGCUGCCUCAGCUCGACUUCGAAGCUUGCCAGGGCUUCUGCGGGAGGCGCUCUCAGCCUGCCCUCCC